AUGGGAAAGGGCUGCAAAGUGGUGCUCUGCGGCUCGGCGUCCGUGGGCAAGACGGCGAUCGUGGAGCAGCUGCUGUACGGGAACCACUGUGUGGGCUCGGAGUCCGGCGGAACCCUGGAGGACAUCUACGUGGCCUCGGUUGAGACGGAGCGCGGAGUCAGGGAGCAGUUGCGGCUCUAUGACACCAGGGGGCUCCACGACGGCCUCGAGCUGCCCAGGCAUUACUACUCUGUGGCUGAUGGCUUCGUGCUGGUCUACAGCAUCGACAGCCUGGAGUCCUUCAAGAAGGUGGACCUUCUGAAGAAGGAGAUAGACAGAUCCAGAGACAAAAGAGAGGUAAUGGUCAUCGUGCUGGGCAACAAGACGGACCUGCGGGACCGGCGGCAGGUGGACCAGGAGUCGGCCCAGCAGUGGGCACGGGGGGAGAAGGUGCGGCUCUGGGAGGUGAGCGUGGCGGACCGCAGCUCCCUCAUGGAACCCUUCGCCGUACUCACCGGUCGGCUCACCCAGCCCCAGAGCAAGUCCUCCUUCCCGCUGCCUGGCCGCAAGAGCAAGGGGACGCCCUCCGGUGACAUCUGA